AUGAGGGAUCUACUCAUUGAGGCUACAACAGCGUUGAAAAGUGGUUCAGAUAACACAUUUGGCGAUGAGGAUAUCGAUUACAGUUCCUUUACUGGCUCUGUGCUGAAACUGGAUUACAGAAAAGCUGCUGGCUUAGCUGUUCGUGGUCCCUCUGCUCCUCUGUCUGCUCCUCUGGGAUCUUCAGUGGUUUUGCCCUGUUAUGUUGAUAAAGCUUUAACAUUGAAGAAUCUGGAGGUGCAAUGGAGAAGAACAGACUCAGGGAUCCUGGUUCAUCUGUAUCAAGAUGGUAAGAGUCGCCCAGAGGCCCAGCAGCAGGAUUAUUAUGGUAGAGCUAAUUUCUUUACUGAGGAGAUUCAACAUGGAAACUUCUCCCUCCGUCUAAACAAACUCAGAGCUCAAGAUGAAGGAAUAUACAGAUGUAGAGUUUACAGUCAGCAGGAUACUGGACAAACUGUGGCUCAGAUAAAAUAUGUUGAGCGUUUGUUAGUAUCAGGAUCAAAUCAUCCUGUUUCUGCAUAUGUUGGUGAUGAUGUGACUCUGAACUGCUUUGUAGACUCUCACAUCACACCUGAACACAUUAAAGUUUUAUGGAUGAAAACAGAUAAAUAUGGACAUUUUCUAGUUCUGUUUUACCAAAACAAGGAAAUUGUCAAAGGUGCAAAGCCAUUCAGAGGCAGAGUUAGGUUCUUCACUUUUGAAAUCCUCAAAGGAAACUUCUCUCUCAGACUGAGGAGUGUCAGAACUGAGGACAAAGGAGUUUACAUAUGUCAAGUGUUUGCUGGAGAUUUAUCAGCCAAAGCAACUGUUGAGCUGGAGGGACGAGGUUUCUCUUCUUUGCACAUAGCUGUGCUGGUCCUCUGUGUUGCUGCUGGAUCUGGAGCUGUUCUUCUGCUCUUCUGUCUGAUCUACUGCAGACUGAAAAACACUGUCUCCAGCAGCACAAUCUGGAAUCUUCAGCUUUCUCUGAUCCUUUUCCCAAACCUCUGUAUGUUCAUAGCCUUCAUCCUUUGGGGCUUUACUGAAGGAUCUUUGCAUGAGACCAUCACCUGCUCUGCUCUUUAUAUUCUGAGGCCUUUUAUGCUGAUCUGGGCUUUGUCCUAUGUUAAGUAUCUUAAAGAGAGCCUUAAACCAUGGAUCAGCGUUUUCACACCAACAAGAGAAUUAGCAGUUUUCACAGUCGUUGUUUAUUCAGUUCUUUUCUCAUAUGGCGGGAGAAAGAGACCAUAUGAUACAGACAUCACACCUCAUGUAGUUUCUGGAGUAGGCUUUGGAGGUGUUUUGCUGAUGUGCCUCAUAUUGAGUACAGGUUUUAAAAACAUUUGUUGCCGUCUCUUAAUCGUCAUCUUCUUGGCUGUCUGUGAAAUGCUCCAGUUGAUCUUCUCAUUUGGAUUUGCCUUUCUAGGACCUUUGAUGUCUCCUGCUAUGGUUAUUUGUUACAUGUUAUGGCUGGGUGGUAUGUCAUGUAUUCCUUGGCUGGCAGCCAAUUGUGUCCGCAGAACAUGGAUUUUAGUAUUUUGGAUAAUAACAACAUUAGUUGUGGAUAUCAUCAGGGGGAUUGCUGUUUAUGAAAUUAUAUUACAAAGUGAGACAGAGUGUUUGGAGUGGAUCUGUGUCCUUUCAUUUCUUGAAGCCCUGAAGAUUGUCGUGAUCUUUGUGCAAGCAAAUGAACAUUUAGAAAAUCGGAAAGGACGACAGACUGACAUGAGCCAGCAAGGAUCAAACACAUUGUCUCUCUGUAAUGAGCUCAUGUACAUGUUUGGAGCUGUUGGUGUUGUUUUGUUGAGCUCUGUUUCACUGACAGCAGAACUCUUCCUGAAAGAACAAAAUGGAGAGCGUGUCAUUGAGGAUCUGAGAGUCAUCGUCUUCCCUUCUGAAUCUGCUUUUGCCUUUUAUUGCCUGGUUUUACAAAUGCUUGUUUGCUAUCAACAGACGGUCAAAGUGACUCCCCUCAAAGACAUCAACCUGAGAGCACAACAGAAUUGUGAAAUGGAGACUAUCCGCAUCUGAUUCUGCUGUUUCACACUGACUGCGGUGAGACUUUAAUUUGUACAGUUUUUCAGACUCUCUGACAGCCUUUUCUGUCCUCUGGUUCAGGAACCAACAAAGACUCAAAACAAAAUUGUACAGCACAGGAUUUGGUAACAUUCUCAAUUCAACCCUGAGCAAACACUAUACUGUAUAACUACAGUAGUCAAUAUUUGAAGUAGAUUAAAUGGUUUUCAGAAUUGUUUUAAGACAGGAAUGGUCGAUUUGUUUUAGGACAACUCUGGUUAAAGUUUUUGAUCCACUUCAGAUGUUAACGUCUGUUGUGGUUCUUGUGAUUUCUUCAUGUAAAAAUCUGUUGCUUUACAUGCAGAUAACCCCCAAAAAUGGUCUAUAAUACAUACAAAUGUAUUGAAUGUAUUGUACAGUGUACUGUAUCAUUUACAGAUAUUAUGUACAUGUGAAUGUAUUGAUCUUUGAGUGUUUUAUCAGAUAACUGAACGUGUGUUUUGUAAAUAUUUGUGGAUAUUGAAUGCUUUGUGAUAGUUUAGUUCUGUUUUAGCUAACAGUGCCAAAUCUGUGCAACAGCAGUAUAUGUAUAUAAUAUUUCAAAUGAGCAGCAGUUUUGUAAAGUGUUUGGACUGUAAGUUUGUGUAAGUGCAGUUCAGUAUGUGUACUGUCUAGUCUUUAAGACCUUAAAUAUGAAAAUAAAGCUGUUACAUUUA